AUGGCGAAUCUCGUGGAAGCAACAACCCACCAGCAGUUUGAAGAUUUCUUAGCCAAAGCUGGAAAAUGCCUGACCGUAGUGCAUUUCCAGGCGACAUGGGCUCCUCAGUGCGGCCACAUGAACGAAGUGAUGGCCGAGCUGGCCAAGGAACACACGAACACCACGUUUGUCAAGCUAGAGGCGGAAGCUGUUCCAGAGGUGUCUGAGAAGUAUGAAAUCGCUUCUGUCCCGACUUUUCUUUUCUUCAAGGGAGGGGAGAAGGUGGACCGCUUGGACGGGGCUCAUGCUCCGGAGCUGACCAAGAAGGUACAGCGCUUGGCAGUCACCGGGAGUCCGGGUGGAGCUGCGGAAGGUAGCACCACCGACCUAAACCAGCGGCUGAAGAAGCUGAUCAACGCGGCCCCCUGCAUGCUCUUCAUGAAGGGGUCCUCGCAGGAGCCCCGCUGCGGCUUCAGCCGGCAGAUAGUGGCCCUGUUGAAGGAGCAUAACAUCCAGUUCAGCAGCUUCGACAUCCUGUCCGACGAGGAGGUACGACAGGAGCUGAAGACCUACUCCAACUGGCCCACCUACCCUCAGCUGUAUGUGAAUGGAGAGCUGGUGGGAGGACUGGACAUAGUGAAGGAGCUGGCCGAGUCUGGAGAGCUGGAGAACACCUGCCCGAAGGCUGUCACCUUGGAGCACCGCCUGAAGACCAUCAUCAACCAGAAACCAGUCAUGCUGUUUAUGAAAGGCAACAAGGAGGCUGCAAGAUGUGGCUUCAGCAGGCAGACACUGGAGAUUUUGAAUGCCACCGGGGUGGAUUAUGACACCUUUGAUAUUCUACAGGAUGAAGAGGUGCGUCAGGGGCUCAAGACUUAUUCUAACUGGCCAACUUACCCCCAGCUCUACGUGAAAGGAGAGCUGAUCGGAGGUUUGGACAUACUCAAGGAGCUGAAGGAGAGUGGAGACCUGGUGUCAGUGCUGAAGGGGGAGUCAUAGGUGGAUGUGCCAUGCCAUCAGAGAGGGGGAACAAGAAGCUACCAUACACCCAGAUCGUCCCUCUGUCACUGAUGUAACACUACUAGAGGGCCAGGAAGUGAAAGAAACAAUUUAUUAAAAUAAAUUAGAUUUAAUAAUGAAAUUGCUCGCUAGUAGCGUUUGGAUAGGGUCACGUUCUACUUAAAGUAAAAAAUUAAGCUGUAGUUUUGUGAGAAUUGACUUUUCAGUAGUAUUACUUGAAAGUUUUGCUCAUAGUAAUUCUUGAAAAUACAUCUUAAGAAAUGUUUAAAGUGAAAGUUAAGCAAUCCCUGUGCUUGGCCUAAUUUUCUAAAUCCUUGUCUGACUCUGGGAAAAUAUACUGAGAACAGCUGUAUUUUUGUGUGUUACAUCAGUCCUUCCAGUAUUUACAGCCUCGCACUUAUGAACUGGUUUAUAUUAGGUGAACCAUUAUUCGCUAACUGGCUACUUGUUGUACUGUCCUGUCCAGCUCCUGUCCACACUUUCUUCACUCAUAUCCAAGAAUCACUCUGGUUUAAAUACUUAGCUCUCUAACUCUAUGUGGCACUUGAUUGAUACUUUGUUCAUCAAUAACAUGAUUAAACAAUAAAAAAAACUUAAAAGA